CUGGAGACACACGACUGAUUACACAGCUUAGAAUAUCAAUUGUCAAGAGAAAAGGAAACACGGCAUUUCUUGAAUGCCAAAUAAAAUCAAAUGCCUUCAAGAACAAUAUGUAUAUACACUGGUACCGACAGAAACCAGAUGAGCCUCUACAACGAAUUCUCUACAUUUCCUCAAAUGAAAAUGUUGUCCAUGAGCACGGGGUUAGUGAGGACAGAUAUGAAGCAAAGAAAGGGCAGGCUGACUUGCCGGCAAGCCUCAGGAUACACCGAGUGAAUGAGGAAGAUGCAGGCCUGUACUACUGUGCCUGCUGGGAUACACUUUUCAAGCAAGACAAGCCCAACUCCCGCUUUGAGACAGAUAAGAAAAACAAUGUCUUUUACCUGAUUAUCAAUAACGUCAUCAAGUCCGAUGAAGCCACUUACUACUGUGCCUCCUGGGAUCUCACAAUAUGUCAGAGUCAGAAAGGACCAGUUCAUGGACUAUUAGAACAGGAAGAGCCGUUGGAACUUAAGAAGAACAAUGCCCCACUUCAAAUGAGGACGUUGGGGCCUAGAAAGGACUUUGUGGUCAAGUAUUUAGGCAUUGAUCCAUUUAUAUCUGAUUUUGCUAUAUACUUACAUUUUUGUAGAAGCUGCAAUCAGUGUGAUAGGUCAGGCUGGAUCAAGAUAUUUGCAGAAGGGACUAAGCUCAUAGUAAUUCCCCGUGAUAAAAGGCUUGAAGGGGAUUUUUCUCCCAAGCCCACUGUUUUUCUUCCUUCAGUUGCUGAAGUCAACCAUGAUAACUCUGGGACCUAUCUUUGUCUUCUUGAGAAAUUCUUCCCGGAUGCUAUUAAGGUAGAAUGGAAAGAAAAGAAUGGUGGCACAGUUCUGGAGUCCCAGCAGGGAAAUACCAUAAAGAAUGGAGACACGUACAUGAAAUUCAGCUGGUUGACUGUGACUAAAAAGUCAAUGGACAGGGAACACAGAUGCAUCAUCAAACAUGAGUUUAAUAAAGGAGGAGUUGAUCAGGAGAUUCCUUUUCCUCCAAUAGAUAAAGGGAACGCUGAUGGUGAUGGUAAGUCUGAAGAUGCCAAUCAGGAAGAUGGAAAUGGUGCACUGCAGCUACAGUUCGCCAACACGGCUGCCCACUAUACCUACGUCCUGCUUAUUCUCAAGAGCUCCAUCUAUUUGGCCAUCGUCACCUUCUGUCUGUUUAAGAGAGCAGAAGUAUGUGGCAACAGAAAGAGCUCAUAACAGCUAGUGGCACAAUGAAGUCAACAUUUCCUUGUUGUUUAUUGUCCCUAAAAACAAAUAAAUGCAGAUCUGGUUGGGAUUUCUUCCUGGGUUUGGGUUAUUUCAGUUCAAGUGUGUAUGUUUCUCUUAGGUCAUUGCUGUGUGACAGCUAACCCCGCCUCUUGUGCAGACUGUAUGCAGCUUCUCACCAUUCCCCCUGUGUCCUUAAAACAUACAACUGUCUUAAAAAUUUCUGUUUUAUAGAGUCCAAAGCAGCAGCCUUCGCUAUUUGAAUUCUGUGUUUUUCUGUUAUACAAGAUACAAUGAAUAAAAAGCAGCCAAAGCCCA